AUGCCUAUUAAUUUAGUGAAAGAGAACACACUGAUGUUUCAAGGACAAUUACCAAGUGACUCUGAAUCUCUUGAAUUCCACAUGGGCAGGAAAAAGAGCUUUAUGAAACAGCUUAGGACAACUGUGAAGAAAAUGUUCCCAUUCUAUCAAAAGGCAAAGAAGAAAGCCAAACUUCACACUGACAAUCUUCUAAAGCCAGUAAUGCCUGGGGCAGAUGGGACAGCAAUGCCUAAAAAGCACCAUGCCCUUCCAAGGACUAUUAGGGAAUUCUCUUCUCCCAAAGUAUUUCCUAAAUGGAAAAGAAGGAAGAUUCCUCAGAAUGCAUCAAUUCAGCUGGAUGUGAACAUUGUGGAAGAAGAACAUGCACAAAGCAUAAAUGGGAUGAACACGUGUAUGGAAGCAAGAAGCAUGACAAAGCGCAUCUCUGUGGUGUCCCUGCCGCCUGGGAUCCAAAAGGUUUCAUAUUUGGCAAAAAAGAAAUGCUUCCCAGUGUUCAAAAAGAAGAAGAAAAGUAUGCCGUCAGUGUGGUACCAUUCACACAUAACACUAGGGAAGCUUCAAAUGGAGGUGGAUAAUCUCUUGGAUAACAUCAGUGAAAAAUCCAUACAACUGUUGGCUCUGAGAAGUGCAGAGCUGCAACACUGUGAGUCUUUGGGAGACAAGAUACUCCAGUCUUCUAAGCAGUUUCAAAGAGUCUCCUUAAGGACAACAAAGAAACACAAACUGAAAAACAUGUGCUUUCCUUGUAGAUGUUGUUGCUAACAACUUCUGAGUUAUUAUAAGCCAAAAAGAUCUGUAUGUUUGAACAGACAAGAAGUUGUGGUUUUCCAAUUUCAUCAUCUCUC